AUGGAGUCGCUUCACCAUGUCACGACCUCGUCGAAGAUCCUCUUCGGCAAAGUCCGGAAGAUCGUCCCGCCAAUGCUUGAGAAAUUCCACAAAGGCCAACAAGGUCGCGUGGCAGUUAUCGGCGGAUGUGUUGACUAUACCGGUGCUCCAUACUUUUCAGCGAUGGCGUCUGCGAAGCUCGGCUGUGAUAUGAGCCAUGUUCUGUGCGAACGCUCGGCAGCUCCGGUCAUUAAAAGCUACUCGCCCAAUCUGAUGGUCCACCCGCUGCUACCAAGCACAGACACAGUGAAGGACCCCAACUCCAUCGAUGCACCAGCUCUGGCAGGGCCCAUCGUCGACAUGCUGUCUCGGCUUCACGCCUUAGUUAUUGGACCAGGAUUAGGCCGCGAUGGCGUCACGCUCAAAGUCGUCGCAGAAGUGAUCAAAGAAGCACGCAAGCGAGAGAUCCCGUUCGUGCUCGACGCCGACGGGCUGCUAAUUGUCACGGAAAAUCCAGACCUAGUCAAGGGCUACAAUGAAUGUAUCCUGACACCCAAUGUUGUCGAGUUCGGACGACUUGCCAAGGCCUUGGGCGUGCAGGUAUCCAGCCAAGCAGACAUCGCGAAAGGCGGCGGUGAUACCACUAGCAAGGAGUCGGAGGCCUGCGAGCAAUUAUCCAAGGCCUUGGGUGGCGUCGCAAUUAUCCAGAAGGGACCUCACGAUGUCAUCUCGAACGGUGUGACGAGCAUUAUCAACGAUAUCCCAGGUGGAUUGAAACGAAGUGGUGGACAGGGAGACACGCUUACCGGAUCGCUGGGCACUCUGCUUGCCUGGCGAGCGGCAUACCACAGCCAGUUGUGGGACACGAAGGAAAAGGACAAUGAGAAGGCGGCAUCUAACCGAGAAGAGGUCCAAGCUGAACUCGAGUCCGAGGAUAGACGGAUGUCACCAGGGACGACAUUGCUUUUGGCUGCGUGGGCUGGUAGCAGCAUUACACGAGAGUGUUCGCGCAGGGCAUUCGAGGCGAAGGGCCGCAGCAUGCAGGCCAGUGACUUAACCGAGGAGGUGCAUGGGAGCUUCCUGAGAUUGAUUGGGGAGCCUGAAGGAUCCAAGACACAUCUCUAG